AUAAUAAAAAAUAAAAGAAAAUCGCAAUUAAAAACAAAAUUAUAAUUAAUAACAAUUUUUUACGAAAACCUAGUGAAUAUCGAAUGUGUUGGAUAAAAUCGUUAAAUAUAUAAUUACAACAACAAAAAAUUCCCCCAACGAACGCGUGCAACAAGUUUAAUCCAGCUACAAGUUGUAAACCAAGUUAGAACUAUACACAUACAUAUACAUAUGUUCGUACACACAUACACACACACACACACAAGCACUCGCUCGCGCUGCGAUACACACAAACACACACACGCACACACGCGCGACUUUAACAAUGUCAAGUGAAAACAUUCUUUGGAAGCAACAGGUUUCGCCCUAAUAAGUGUUAUAGAGAAGCGCGUCCAGAACUGUUGUCGACUAGCUUUAGCCAGAAGGAAAGGAAUUUAUAUACAUAUAUAUACACAAUAUAUAUUUGAUAGAGAAGAAAUUGAGGAAAACUAAGAAAAGCGUGUGACUGCAACCAGUUGGAACGAAGUCGAACACCGCAAAAAUCAACUGAAAAUAUUAAAUUAAAAAAAAAAAAAACAAAACCUUAAAAGUUCUUAGAGCGCGAAAAAAAACAUAAAUAAAUAAGCAAACAAUAGCAAACCUCAGCAUGGACUCGUUUUACGAUGGCGACCUCAAAGAUAUAUGGGACUCCGAUCUAGAUCCGACGGAAUCCUUGAAAAUUAGCAGUGAUCAUGAUAUGCACGAUUGGUUUUACGAUCGUGAUGUCAAGGAUCCGACUGUCAUACUUAACGACAAGCUCAUCUCCGACGCGCUGCUCAAUGGCACGGGCCCAAUCAAAACGGAGCAUUCCUAUAGUCUCAACAGCGAUGGUGACUCCCUGCCCGAUUCACCAAAAAGCCUGCAGGCCAAGAUCGAUGAUAUGGAUGACGAGUGCUACUCCGGAAGUGGGCGCAUCACCAUCGAUCCAAAAUGCCUGACACUACACCCGCCCGCAAGAAACAGCCGCAGCACCGCCAUGCUGAGCAGCAUGAGCAGCGCCAGCGCCAGUUCCGCAUUGAGCACAGCCAUUACGGAGUUGGCGGCCGCAUCCACAGCGCUCGCACGCAGCAAUGCCGAGGUGCAGCAGCACAGCAGCGGCAGCAGCAGUGGUAACGGCAGCAUGAACGUUUCACUGGAACAUUUUCAACUACCUCAACACUUGGCGGAAAUGUACGACGACAACGAUUGCAGCUCAUCGGUGUCAUCGGCCCGCGAGGGCAGCAUAUCGCCGGAUAUAUGCUCAGACAUUGAGAUCGAAGAGGCGAUCAUUAAGGAUGAGCCGAUGUCGCCAGAUUCCAGCUGCCCCGCCAGUCCAAACUCACAGAACAGCAGCGCCCAGCAGCUGAGCCUUAAUCUGGCCAAUUUGCAGCCAGAAUUGCUCUUUGACCAAAAGCACGGUGGCCUUCUGCUUGCCACCAGCAGCAACAGCCUCAUCAAAUCCCAGCAGCAACAGCUCUUGCUUGGCCAGGGCAGCCAAAGCCUAAUUCUGCCCAAAAUGGCCAUAAAGAGCGAGAAAGAAAGCAACGCCAGCAACAGCACGGGCAAGUCACAUGCCUAUGGCAUUCCGCUGACACCGCCUUCCUCUCUGCCCAGCGAUGACUCGGAAGGUAAUUUGUCACCGGAACAUUUGUAUGCGCCACUGUCGCCCAAUGCUUCCGUUUCCAUAUCCGCCGUGACUAAUGCAGCCGCCAAUGGUGAAACCGCAAACAAUGGGAGCACGCGACGGGCUGCUGCCGCCAUAACCCGCGCCGCCAGUAGCAAUGGUGCCUCCAACACGGCCGCACCAUCGACGCGGCAGCCCAUACACACACCGUUAAUCAGCUCACAGCCGAAAGGCUCAACGGGCACUCUGCUAUUGACAGAGGAAGAGAAACGCACGCUGCUCGCUGAGGGCUAUCCGAUACCACAGAAGCUGCCACUCACCAAAGCCGAAGAGAAAUCGCUCAAGAAGAUACGACGCAAAAUUAAAAAUAAGAUCUCUGCUCAGGAAAGUCGUCGUAAAAAGAAAGAGUACAUGGAUCAGCUGGAACGGCGAGUGGAAAUUUUGGUUACUGAGAAUCAUGAUUACAAGAAACGCCUCGAGUCACUGGAGGAGACCAAUGCCAAUCUACUUAGUCAGCUGCACAAAUUGCAGGCCCUAGUUAGCAAGCACAAUGUGAAAAAGUCCUAAACCUGAUACCAAGGCCCAAAGCUGGCCACGGUUCAUGUUUGCCUGCCUGCCCGAGAGAUAUUUUAUUUUAUUUUAUUAUUAUUAUUUUAUUUCGUUGUAUCGAAAACAGAACGAGUUUCGAGUGAAAGAGUUUGUUUGUUUAAGAAUUUAUCGGUUUAGAAAGAACAUUUUUAUUUUGGCUUUUUGGUUAGCACAAAGCGGUAAACAUUCCCCCAAAAUAACCCUGCCAGCAUCUCUUAAGAUUUAGCAGCCCAUAACUGAAACCAUAUACAAAUAUAUAUGCACUGUAUCGUUAAUGUAUAAUUAGCUAUUUAUAGUUUGUAUCUUAUAUUAUUAGUCAUGCAUUCCUGUUAUAUAACCUGAUAUAAAGAGUAGACAUAAUGAUCAGCAACCAACAAGCUCAAAUGAAACCCACAUAAUCAGCGUCUAAAGAGAAGCUACAUUAUAAUAUUGUUAACAACAACAAACACCAAAAACGCAUAUGGCAUGCUCAGAUGUGGGCUCUAAGAAAACAACGAUUCGAUUUGAUUUAAGAGCAACGACAUGUACAUUAUGUUUUAAUAAUGCUUGAUUGUACAAACUACAUUCAGAGCUGUUUUUCCGCAUGCGGAACGGUUUUUUGAAUUUUGUUUGUCAAGACUCUUGUUCCUUUAUACGAUAAAUUUCUCUCAAAAGAAAAAAAAAAAUCAAAAACAUAGCAAAUGCAAAAAAUGAUGAGUAAAAAUCGACAACAAUUCCAUAUAUUAACUAUGUAUGAAUUAUGCUUAUGUAGCGCAUACUUCUCAUACAUAUUGACGAACUAUGUUUUUACGCAGCAUUUAAGUUUUUUUUUUGUUUACCAGCCGCAACUGGAAUCGUCAAUUGAAUUUUGAAGCUAAUUAGUUGAAAUGAUGCCUCGAAAUUUACAUUGGUAUGUUGCCUGGACAAAUUAAGCAAUUUCCGAGCCAAUUAUAAAAAAAAAAAGAAAAAGAAAAUAUUGUUUGUUAAGUUUUAUAAUUUAAGUGAAGCGCUGAAGCAAAUAGAAAGCAAAUAGCAUUACAAUGGCAACAACUACAAUAACAUUUACUUUGCAGCAAAGAUUUUGUUUAAUUAUUUUAACAAUUGAAUUUAAUGUUAUAGUGCAAUUAUUUGGCAUAACUAUUCUUGUUUUCCACAAUCUAUUUUACUAAUAUAUAAUAUUUGUAUGUUUUGUCAUGUAUGAGUCAUUUUAGUUUAUAUUAGUUGAAUUUACCAUACACAAAAUUUACUUAAACCAACCUUUAAGCGUAAAUUGAUUUCUUAUCAAAUCAUAUAUCUAAAUGUAUAAUUACUGUAGCUAUUUUAAUGUAUAUAAAUCAUGCGGACGAAGUUGUGCAAUUGUUAGUAAAAUUUUAUAUACAAAUUCUAUAGAAAAUUACAACAAAAUCAAGUUGAUACCAAUUUCUAAACGACAUUUGUGCAAUGAAAAAUUUUAUUCAAAUGCGUUAAAAAUAAAUUGAGAAAUACAAUAUAUUUAUACAAACAUGUUAUAUAUAAAUAUAUAUAUAUAUAUAUAUAUAUAUAUAUAUAUAUACAGUAUGUACCAUAUGACCAUGUGUUAUAUUUUGGCUACAACAUUUUUAACGCUUAAAAAAAAUUGAGAAAAUAUUGAGAAAAAAAAUUGUAAAACAUUUAAUUGGUUGCUGUAAUUGGGCAAAGUAAAAGUGCAAUUCCAAAUAAAAUUGAUACAACCAUAACAACAA